AUGGACGGUUGUCUCGGAACCAAACAACUGAUACCAUUGGAGACAACAGUGCAUUUGAUAGACCUGACUGGUAAUCAAAUUGUGGUCAAACUGUCUCGUGGAUUGAAUUUUAUGCUAAUGUUAACCAAUAAUAAUACGAUAUAUUGUUUUGGUCAAAAUAAUAUGGGACAGUUGGGUUUGAAUCAUCUAAAUAAAGUUGAAUACUUUAUUGAAAAUAUGUGGCUUAAGGAUAAAGAUAUAAUUGAUAUACAGUGCGGUUUUCAUCAUUCAUUGGCACUGUCCUCAAAUGGUAACGUCUACUCGUGGGGUAAUAAUGAGUGCGGACAAGUUGGCGGUAAUAGUAAAAAUGAUUAUUUAAGUACACCAAUUCUAUUAGUAAUUCCCAGGGCCAGGGCUAUUGCCUGUGGGGCUAAUCACUCAAUGGUACUUACUAUGAAUAAUGACAUUUAUGGUUGGGGUGAUAAUAGUUAUGGACAGUUAGGUUGCAACAUUGCACCCUUUACCAAUGCACCAAUGUGUAUUACAUUAAACAAACAUUUUGAAAUCAAAUCAAUUGUGUGCAGCGACACAAAGUCAUAUAUUUUAAAUACUGAUAAUGAGUUAUAUUAUUUUGGUCAAAAUGAUCCGAAACAUUUUUUAUCCACUACUGCCUAUCUGUUUGACAAUUUGCAUAAAUGCCAACAAUCCUAUUCACACAUUUCCUGUAUCUAUGAUUGUAAUGAGGGUCAUAUAGUUAUUGGCAAAUCAAAUGGACUUAUCUAUAGGAUUCACGGAUAUUCAGUGAUUGGUAUCGAUAGUGAACACAAAUUUAAUUAUACAACCAAUCAAUUGUUUUUUAUCAAUGAAUUUCAAAUAACUCAACAAUUUGUAUCAUUCAAUAACAUUGACGAUCACAACACAGAUUUCCAGCAUUUGUUGGCCCAACAAAAGGUAGUACACUUAUUACAACACCAAUGA